AUGCCCUACAUCUCACCCACAGCAACAUUGCGGCCCCCUCCUGCUCCCCAGCCCCCUUCCUCCCCGCUCGCCACCGAGCCUGAGCCUGAGCCAGUAGCACAAAGCGAACCGGUGGCCCCCGAGCCUGCCCAGCCUGUGUCCGAGCCCACCACCUCCGUCGACUCGAUCACAGCGGCACUGGAGGACACGGUGCUGGAGGACACGUUGCUGGAGGACACACCGCUGGACGCCACGUCUCCAGACGCAGCACCCGCGCUGAGCGACUGCGCAACGUCCUCGAGCAGCUUCUCGCUGCAGACCAUCUCGAGUGUGAGGUCCAAUUCGACGGCACCGUCUACCCCAGACGUCAUGGACGACGAUACCACCAUGCUCAGUGCCGAGGCCGUGGCCGCGUACUCGCGCUCCGUCUACGAGUUUACGCUGGAGAUGUACCAACUCGCGCAGGCGCGUGCAUUGAGGAAGACCAAGCCGUAUUCCUUUGCUCUUCCCACUCCAACACAAGUCGCGCCGCCCUAG